GGCUGGAUUAGAGGAGGCCGUGAUUGCUGAAGUGUCUGGAAGGUGCAUCCUUCAGUUUAUCACGUGGCAGAAGCCAUCCCAUGACCUGUUGUGCCACCCAAGGUCUGAUGUGUUGGAGGAGCCCCUGCCCUGCGCUUCCCUCUAAAGAGGAAGGACAAAAGGCCUGCUGUCUCUGGGAUGCAGUAGCCACCUUACAGCAGGAGCCCUGAACGUCCACGGCACGCUUCAUCAACAUGGAGGUCUGAAGUCCAUGUGGCUCCUUGCGGUGCACCAGGUACUAAGGAAAAUGCAGAGACGCCACAGUAGCAACACUGACAGUAUUCCACCUGAAAGAAGCCGCAGCCAGGCACUCAGCCCCGAGGCCAGCGUGGAUGAGGGUGGCGUAUUUGAGAGCCUGAAGGCAGAGACAGCGUCCCCUCCUACACUCUUCUCAGGCCUGGCAGGUGGCCUGCCUGCCAACCCCUUCCCAGCAGGUCUGGUGCUGGGCUCCACAGCAGGGGGUGGGGACGUGUUCAUCCCGAUGCCAGCCACCAGGGAUGAGGCCGGUGGCCGCAGCACUGAAGGAAGCACCUACCACCACCGCCAGCCCCACCACCACUUCCACCAUGCUGCCCACCGUGGGGGCUCCCUGCUGCAGCAUGUGGGUGGGGACCACCGUGGGCACUCGGAAGAAGGGGUGGACGAGCAGCCAGGGACUCCAGCGCCCGCACUGUCCGAGCUGAAGGCUGUGAUCUGCUGGCUGCAGAAGGGACUGCCUUUUAUCCUUAUUCUGCUGGCCAAACUGUGCUUCCAGCACAAGCUGGGCAUUGCCGUGUGCAUCGGGAUGGCCAGCACCUUCGCGUAUGCAAACUCCACCCUCCGGGAGCAGGUGUCAUUGAAGGAGAAGAGAUCAGUCCUGGUCAUCUUGUGGAUUCUGGCCUUCCUGGCAGGGAACACACUGUAUGUCCUCUACACCUUCAGCUCCCAGCAACUCUACAGCAGCCUCAUAUUUCUGAAGCCCAACCUGGAGACCCUGGACUUCUUUGACCUGCUCUGGAUCGUGGGGAUCGCCGACUUCGUGCUGAAGUAUAUCACCAUCGCCCUCAAGUGCCUCGUCGUGGCCCUGCCGAAGAUCAUCCUGGCGGUUAAGUCCAAGGGAAAGUUUUAUCUGGUCAUUGAGGAGCUGAGCCAGCUGUUCAGGUCACUUGUUCCUAUCCAGCUGUGGUACAAAUACAUCAUGGGAGACGACUCCUCCAACAGCUACUUCCUCGGAGGGGUCCUGAUCAUCCUCUACAGUCUGUGCAAGUCUUUUGAUAUCUGUGGUCGCGUAGGCGGAGUCAGGAAAGCGCUGAAGCUCCUCUGCUCCUCACAGAAUUAUGGGGUCCGAGCCACGGGGCAGCAGUGCACAGAAGCGGGCGCUAUCUGCGCCAUCUGCCAGGCUGAGUUCCGAGACCCUAUGAUUCUCCUGUGCCAGCACGUGUUCUGCGAGGAGUGCCUCUGCCUGUGGCUGGACCGCGAGCGCACCUGCCCGCUCUGCCGCUCCGUUGCCGUGGAUACCCUGCGCUGCUGGAAGGAUGGGGCCACAUCUGCACACUUGCAGGUGUACUGAGCUGAACACAAGUGUCUGGAGAUGCCAGAGGGCCCAGCACUGCUGAGCCCAGCCAUGACGAUUCCUGGGAAACAAUCUCCAGCGCUUUCUCCUGCCUCCCACCACCUCUACCCGAUGGCCCAGGGUCUCCCCACCUUUCUCCUGCCUCCCACCACCUCUACCUGACGGCCCAGGGUCUCCCCACCUUUCUCCUGCCUCCCACCCCCUCUACCUGACGGCCCAGGGUCUCCCCACCUUUCUCCUGCCUCCCACCACCUCUACCUGACGGCCCAGGGUCUCCCCACCUUUCUCCUGCCUCCCACCACCUCUACCUGACGGCCCAGGGUCUCCCCACCUUUCUCCUGCCUCCCACCACCUCUACCCGACGGCCCAGGGUCUCCCCACCUUUCUCCUGCCUCCCACCACCUCUACCCGACGGCCCAGGGUCUCCCCACCUUUCUCCUGCCUCCCACCACCUCUACCUGACGGCCCAGGGUCUCCCCACCUUUCUCCUGCCUCCCACCACCUCUACCCGAUGGCCCAGGGUCUCCCCACCUUUCUCCUGCCUCCCACCACCUCUACCCGAUGGCCCAGGGUCUCCCCACCUUUCUCCUGCCUCCCACCACCUCUACCCGACGGCCCAGGGUCUCCCCACCUUUCUCCUGCCUCCCACCACCUCUACCCGACGGCCCAGGGUCUCCCCACCUUUCUCCUGCCUCCCACCACCUCUACCUGAUGGCCCAGGGUCUCCCCACCUUUCUCCUGCCUCCCACCACCUCUACCUGAUGGCCCAGGGUCUCCCCACCUUUCUCCUGCCUCCCACCACCUCUACCUGAUAGCCCAGGGUCUCCCCACCUUUCUCCUGCCUCCCACCACCUCUACCUGAUAGCCCAGGGUCUCCCCACCUUUCUCCUGCCUCCCACCACCUCUACCUGAUAGCCCAGGGUCUCCCCACCAACACAUUUCUCAUCGA